GCAGGUUUGAACGUCGGUGAACCGAUUCAUAAUUCUACGUUUGAGUAAAUCAGUAUCAAACACAUUUUAGGGAGAAAUGAAGACAUAAGGAUUAGUAAAAUUUUCAUAGUCCAUAAAAAUAAACAAUUUCAGUUGAAACAACCAUGGUAGUAAUAAAAGUGCCAAAUGAAAGCCCUGGAAUGACCAAAAGAAUGAAGGUAAUAAAUUCCGGAUCUGAAAGUUUCUCCUCCGACGAAGAAACGAGGUUGCUAAAUAAAGAAAAGGAGGAGGUGGCGGAAGAAAAAAUACCAUACCCUAAGGCUGUAUUUUUCAUAGUCGGCAAUGAGUUCUGCGAGAGGUUCACCUACUAUGGCAUGCGAACCAUUCUCACCAUCUACUUUACACAAGAACUGCUCUACAGUCAUGACACAGGAACUAUCCUUUACCAUCUGUUCGGAUUUGUGGCUUAUUUCUCGCCCGUCUUUGGAGCCAUCAUAGCUGACUCAUGGCUUGGGAAAUUCAAAACCAUUUUGUACAUAUCUAUCAUCUACUGCAUUGGAAGUAUUAUAACUUCUGUUGGAGCUAUUCCCACUGAUUUACCGACUAUGAAACUGAUAUCUUUGAUUGGACUCUUUACCAUUGCCCUUGGUACCGGUGGUAUCAAGCCCUGUGUUUCUGCUUUUGGCGGUGACCAGUUCAAGAAAGGACAAGAAUCUCAGCUUCAAAGUUUCUUUUCACUCUUCUACAUUUCCAUCAACUUAGGAAGCGUUGUAUCAACUGCACUCACUCCCGUUCUUAGAGCGGAUGUUCACUGUUUUGAUCAAGAAACCUGUUACCCUCUGGCGUUUGGUGUUCCAGCGGCAAUAAUGGUUGUUGCUUUGAUACUAUUUAUUUGUGGAAAACCUUUGUAUACAAUGCAUCCUCCAGAGGGGAAUAUUGUUGUCAAAGUAUCCAAGUGCAUUGGGGCUGCAAUAAAGCAAAAGCUGUCAAGUAAAGACGAAAAAAAGAAAGAACAUUGGCUAGACUAUGCCGAGGGUAAAUUUGAGAAAAGUUUCAUCGAAGAGAUAAAGAUUCUUUUACAUGUUCUCGUUCUAUACUUACCCUUGCCUGUCUUUUGGGCUCUUUUUGACCAGCAAUCAUCAAGGUGGACAUUACAGGCCACAAGAAUGGAUGGUGUGAUAGGUAAUUUCCAAAUUAAACCGGACCAAAUGCAAGUGAUGAAUCCUAUCUUCAUCAUCCUAUUCAUCCCAUUAUUUGACUUUGUGAUUUAUCCGUUGCUGGAUAAAUUUAAAUUACUUCAAAAGCCAUUGCAACGAAUGGUGGCUGGUGGACUUUUGACAGCUCUAUCCUUUGGGUUAGCAGGUUUUAUGGAACUGAAAUUAGAGGCUGGACUUCCAACUAUCCCACUUAGUGGACAAAGUGAACUCACCUUAAUAAAUAAUUCUCCUUGUCCUUUGACUAUUUCAGGAACUGACAAUAUUGCUUUGGAAAAGUUCCAAACUCACUACUUGACGGGCAUUCCACUGAACAAAAACCAUUCUUGGACAAUAUCGAGCACCAACUGUAAUUACACUGCAGCUCAAGUAACAGCCUCUUUCACCUCCACGAAUCCAAUAGAAUCAAUGAUGGUCACAUUGAGCAAUGGGAAACUACAGUACAUAAAGACAAAUGAGACAAAAGAAAAAGUAAAAGGAGGCGAGGCUCAGGUACGAGUAUUUUAUUCAACGGAUCAGGCAUCUGGAAAUAUCAGUUUUUCCUUCAGAAGUAAAGAUAGCGAACAAAUUUUGUAUCCAGAAUCGAAUGGCGGAUAUGGCAUGACGGAGUACUCCCUUUUGAAACCAGCAUCGUAUAAAAUCUUCCCGAGUACUGUGGGAGGUUACACAUCUGAACCCCUUGGCGAGAAAGAAUUCCACACUGGGGGAGUAUAUAUUGUUUACCUUUACCUUAACAGUGAUCAGAAAGAAACUAAUUUCUACGUUGAGACAUUAGUGGAAGCAAAUGUUGUCCAUCUGCUUUUUCAAAUACCUCAAUAUUUUCUCAUUACUGCUGGCGAGAUUAUGUUUUCAAUUACGGGUCUAGAGUUUUCCUAUUCUCAAGCCCCUAAAAGCAUGAAGUCAGUUCUACAAGCUACCUGGUUACUUACAGUAGCAUUUGGAAACUUGCUUGUUUUAGUUAUAGCAGAAUUGAACAUGUUUAAAAAAAACUCUCACGAGCUCUUCUUUUUUGGCAUACUAAUGGCGGUGGACAUGGUCAUAUUCUCUAUAAUGGCUUACCGCUACAAAUACAUAAAUCCCGAAGACCUAAAAGAACGGAAAGGAAGUGAAGAGAGUGGAAAAUCCAACGCUGCCUAUGAGGAGGAAACGGAUUUUAAUAAAUGAUGAACUAUUUAACUGUGAGGUGUGACAUGAGUCUAAAUUUUUGCUGAAUAUCAGCAACUUUUGUGGACUCACGAGUUUCCUGACUUCCAUUCUAAAACUGUGAUAAAUACAACUUAUUACAUCAAAGUUGUGACUGUUUUAUAAUUUUUGUACAUUUAUGUCAUUAGUAAAUUGUUAUUUAUGUGUUCAAA